GGGGCCGCUGCCGGAGCGGGGCGGCGGCGGGGGCCGGAGCGGGGCCGGCCGGGGCGUCCCUCCCGCCGCGGCUGCCAGCGCCGCCGGCACCAUGGGCUGCUGCUGCCGCCUCCUCCUCGCCCUCCUCCUCCUCCCGGCAGGACUGGGUGAUGAACCCACAGCAUCACUCCUCACCCCUGCCAGGCCCCCCUUCCCCUCCGAGGGGAUCCCAGCGGGGCCGGGCUCCAGGGAUGCAGCUGUCCCCACGCCAACUCCUGGCCAGCCCUCGCUGCUCAUGUCCACGGGACCUGCUGGAGAUGGGACGUCUUCUGGGCUGGCAGAGGGAGAUGGCCACAAUGCCACAUCAGCGGCAGCACUGUCCCCUGCUUCUGCUUCUGUCACUGUGAGCUAUACCACCACAUCCACCAUCACCGCAGCAGACAGCCCACCCGUAGCUUCCAACCCCAGCUUGGUGCCACCAACCUUGGAGACAGCCCCAGGUCUUCGGACAGCAAAUACCGCCAGCUUGGCAGGAGGCAGGGUGGAUUUGGGGACAACUCCCAGCCCCAGUGGUACAGCUGCAUCCUCCUCUUCCUCCUCUUCCCUCUCCACCGGCGACCUGUACUCAUCCCCUGGGACAGUCUUGUCCUCACCACCUGUCCUCAUGAGCUCUGGCACCACCCAGCCACCGGCACUGACCAAGGAUGUCCCUUCCUGGGGGACGCUGGCCAUGGCAUCAGGCCUGGCCGUGGAGCUGACAUCCCCCCCAGUGACUGCAACAAGCCCUCCUGCAGCCGAGGCCACGGCCACCGGCAAAACCACCCUCUCCACUGGCAUCACCAUGGAAGAGGUCCCACGCGCCUUGAGCGCAGGGAGCAUCGUGGCCAUAACUGUGACGGUCAUCGUGGUGGUGGUGCUGGUUUUCGGGGCAGCAGCGUACCUCAAGAUCAGGCACUCCUCCUACGGCAGGCUUUUGGAUGACCACGACUACGGCUCCUGGGGCAACUACAACAACCCCCUCUAUGACGACUCCUAGCAGGGAUGAGGAGGAAAAAAAAAAAUAAAUUCCUUAAUUUAUAACCGCUUCUGCAGCAGAACAUCCGCUGUCGAGGAGAUGCCUGGGCACUGAGCCACCGCUGCGGGCAGGAUCAUGGUGGGUCCGGUGGAUGACAGGCAACUGGAGGGCGGGCGGGUGUGCAGCACCCACAAUAAACAUGAAUUUUGGCCUUUGCGUAGGAAAUUCUGGGUCCUGGGACAUGUCGGCCACUUGGUUUGUAGGCAAGGGAACCCAAAUUCCCCAGGGGGAAGGGUGGGGGGAGGAUGGAGGUUCAGCCAGUGCCAUGGCAUCCUUUGAAAUGCCUCUGCCCCACGGCUCGGGGGGGACACAGUGGGUGCUGAGCCAGGACCAGCAGUGUGCAGCAGUCUCCCGUGCUUUCACAUGCCCCUUCCUCCAAAAUCACCUCCCUCCAUCACCCCACUACAAAAUCCUUUGCCUUGCCAGGGGCCAUGAGCAGUUACGGGGCUGCUCCAUUGCUGCUCCCUUGCUUUUCCUGCAGGUGCUUCUGUGCAGAAGAUCGUAGUUUCAUUUUUUUCCAUUUAAUUGUGGUUUUUUCCCUCCAAACGCAGCCUGGGAGCCUGUGGGAAGAUGCAUUGACCACCCACACUCCUGGGUCGAGAGGUGCCCCAUUUCACACAUGUGGGUGCUUGCUCUGCAGCUUUAUUUUUAAAACUUGGCUGCUAAAACACAGCAACGUGGGUUUUUUCAUCCCCAAUUUCUGCAUUCAGCUACUAGAAGCAGAGGGGUGGCUGAUGGCAGGGUUGGUUUGGGGAGGGGAUGCUCACCCUGGCCCACAUCCCCCUGCUCAGCCACUUCUGCCUCUGGCUAAAUCCCCUGUCAGCGAAGAGCAAAGCCCUCUCAGUGUGGCCUUAAUAAAUAAAUCAGCACUAAACGACACUGCAAAGGUUUGGGGCAUCCCAGCAGCCCCCAGAGCUGGUCACCAUCACCCCAGGGGUUGUGGACAGGCUGCUUCUCGCAGACCCUCAGCAAGAUGAUGGCACCACCGAGUUUCUGGAGGGGUUUUGGGGAAGGCAGCAUCAUCCCUGCACAGGUUGGGAUGCACCAGUUUGCAACGUUUUACACCCCUGUUCUCCGUUACCAACUGUUUUCUUGCAUGGGGAGGGCAUGAGGUUCACUGGGCAUCCUCCAAGCUACUCUUUGCUGAAGGCCCGAAGCAGCAGGGCACUGCCCGCUAUAGGGAGGGCAGCCGAGAAGAAGCUGCUGUUCCCUAUGGGGCGCAAGCAGACGAGGCAGGAGAGGCUCAGGCCAUCUCACCUGAAACGCAGGUGUCUGCUUCAGCUUAUUUGGCAUUGGCUGCACAGGCUGGGAAACAGGCUCUGCCGUUUGCCCUGGCUGCUAAGCGAAGUGUCCCCGGGAACAUCAAAGCUUGGGGCAUUUGCAUGAUUGCUUCCUGCAACAGAUGCAUCAUCUCUUGAUUUUCAUCAAGCGAGUGUAAUAAACCCAGCCGGCACCUAAUAGCCACCUGAAAAGGUCAGGAGAAAUGAGGACACCUCUUCCAGCUCUGCUUCCCAAAGGGAAAUGCCAUCAUUAUCCAUUUCCCUUUGCCUUCUGAGCCUUGUUUAGCCUCUUCAGUAGCCCAUCCUCUUGCUUCCCUUUCCAUGUUAGCGCUGGUCGGGUGGCUGGACAGCAAGAUGUCUGCACAGGCUUUGCCAGCACCAAGGCCACCUGCUAAGCCGUGGGUGUUGAGCUGCUCCUCCCCCGCUUCUAGUUCAAACGGUAGAAACAGAGAAUAAAGAGCAUUAUUAGAUAUCAUAUAUAAAGAACAGUCAUUGCACCUUCAAACCACCAGCAGCCCGGGGAACUGCUGGGGCUGGGAGUGUAUAUGGGGUGAAAUUUAUGGCUCUGUAUCCCACUCGCCUUCUUCCCUGGGAUAGCAACCUGCCAGCUGCUCGCUGUUCCAGCCAGGCUCCGGAGAGAUGGGAUGUGUUUAGGGAGGCAGGGGGAGAGAAGGGAGCAUGAUGCUGAGGCAUCACAGCAGUGGCACAGGCUCUGAGGGUGCUCGGGGUGAGCAAAACUCCCUCCUACCUUUCUGGCAGCCAAGAAGCAGCAAAUUAGGCCACCUUGGCUAAUAAAAACCACAAACUGAAUAAAAAAAA